AUGGGAAAACAUUUAACUAUGCUCUGCUCUGAUCCUGUCAAGUAUCCUUCAAUUACUCGUUAUCAAGCAAUGGCCCUACGCGUGAAGGAAAUUGCUGAUCAUGUUAUAAAUAAACUAAAGGAAUAUGGUUGGGCUGUUGUCGACAAUUUUUUUGGACCAGAUCAUUGCCGCCAGGCUCUCGGGUAUUAUUCAUUAUAUUUUAGCUUGUUUGCUUCUGAGCUGAAAUUUUGCAUUUUUAGUAGGAUCUUCUGGUUUGAUGUUAAAGACAAACGAGUAGCUAAUGCGGUUUCUUUGCGUCUUUUGGUUUCAGCGAUCGAUUCGGUUACUUACCACUUUCAAGACAGGAUAUAUCCGUACAACAUUUGUUCAAGGGCCAGACCUAUGAUCGCUGUCUUUCCUGGUGGGGGAACACACUACGUAAAGCAUGUUGAUAACCCAGCAAAGGAUGGAAGAUGUAUAACGAGUAUUUAUUAUUGCAAUGAAAACUGGGACGUAGAAAAGGAUGGAGGUGCUUUUCGCUUAUAUCCUGAAAACUCAGCGAGCCCGAUAACUAUAACACCAAAGGCUGACAGGCUGUUGUUUUUCUUUUCGGAUCGUAGAAAUCCUCAUGAGGUUUUACCGACAUUUCGGAAAAGGUUUGCUAUGACCAUUUGGUACCACGACAGGGAUGAAAAGAAUGCAGCUAUGGGGAAUCGCCGUUUAUUGCAACUGCGUCGAAAACAUACUGGAAUUGGUAUUGCAGGCGAAAAUUGUGCUUCUGAAGAAACGGGAUUAAGGAAAGAUUCCGUUGAGAUUACUGAGCCACCUACCAAGUGGAAGGUACUUGGUUUUCUAUCCGCACUAUGGAAUGGACCCAGAUGUUACUGGCUUUCUAGUAAAUUAAGAUUAGUUAGCUUCACGAGUAUUAUGAGGCUCUUUAGUUACUUCAUAUUUGUUGAUUGCUUCAGAUUGAAAGGCAAAAUCUUCUUGCUUCAUCUAAUUACCCUGGCAGUUUGUCAUACCUUAAUGGGUCGUUUUCUUCAUUGCGAACUGGCGAGAUCUACAGUUCAAAUUUGUGUGGUACAACGCCGUCUACGAAUUGCCAGUCAAAUUUCGUGCUGCGCGCUCAAACGUCGCUAA